CAUCAGCCCCUGCUCCGGUGAUGGGCCCGGACCCCCCUCAGACAGCGCCAAGGACCCGGGUUUCCCUGCAGCGCCGAGGACCUGGGUUCACCCCGAGCCAGCUCCGAGGAUCCUGUCUGGCCCCAGCCAAGGUCCACGCCACAGCCCAAGCCUAGAACUCGAGGACGGCCUUCCGAAUUGUCUCGCCGGUCUGCCCGGUCCCGAGGACGGCCCCCGGAACCUUGGCUGUGUGUUGGCCUGGGCUCUCCUCCGGGCCCCCUCAGCCCACCCUGGCAAUCAGCCUCAAACACGUGACGAUGUGACGUCUGAGGACCAGGAUGACUCCAUGGAAGGGAUGACCUCCGGGAAUGACGACUAUAUUGUAAAAAUGUGGUUGAAGGCCACUUUGGAGGAUUUAGACUCCAGUGGGCUGGAGGAAUUCCACUGGUACCUGGUGAAUGCAGAAGAAUCAAAGGAUGGUUUCAAACGGAUCCCAGUGUCUUAUCUGGAGAAUGCAAACAGAUUGAAGACAGUAGAUCUGAUGAUGGAGAGGUUCUCCUCAAAUACCAGAGUGGUGGCUGAGACGAUUUUAAAGAAGAUGAAAAGUGUUAAAGAAAAAUCCUUGCCGGAACCUGUUGUCCAGGACAAUCCAGUCUCUCCAGCUGGUGCAACAGUUGCAGUUUGUACAAUGCAGCUGAAGGCUAAGCUGAAGAAGAAGCACCAGCAUGUGUCUGAGGGGAAUGUUAAUGCAGGAGAGACAAUCCUUCUGGAGCAGAUCUACACGGAGCUCUACAUCACAGAGGGAGGGACUGGAGAGGUCAACGAAGAACAUGAAGUCAGACAGAUUGAAGCAGCUUCCAGGAAACCAGACGGAGCAGAAACAGCCAUCAGACAGGAAGACAUCUUUAAUCCCCCACCUGGAAGAGAUGAACAAAUCAGAACGGUGAUGACGAAGGGAGUGGCCGGCAUCGGGAAAACAGUCCUAACACAGAAGUUCAGUCUGGACUGGGCUGAAGGCAGAACCAACCAGGACAUCCAGUUCCUGCUUCCAUUCACCUUCAGACAGCUGAAUGUGCUGAGAGAGGAGAAGUUCAGCUUGGUGGAACUAGUUCAUCGAUUAUUCUCUGAAACCAAAGGAAUCUGCAGCUUUGAAGAGUUCCAGGUCGUGUUCAUCUUUGACGGUCUGGAUGAGGGUCGACUUCCUCUGGACUUCCAAAACUCUACAAUCCUCAGUGACCCCAGAAGGUCCACCUCAGUGGACGUGCUGCUGACAAACCUCAUCAGGGGGAACCUGCUUCCUUCUGCUCGUCUUUGGAUCACCACACGGCCCGCAGCAGCCAAUCAGAUCCCUCCUGAGUGUGUCUCCAUGGUGACGGAGGUCAGAGGGUUCACUGACCCACAGAAGGAGGAAUACUUCAGGAAGAGGUUCAGAGAUGAGGAGCAGACCAGCAGGAUCAUCUCCCACAUCAAGACAUCACGGAGCCUCCACAUCAUGUGCCACAUCCCAGUGUUCUGCUGGAUCACUGCUACGGUCCUGGAGAACGUCCUGGAAACCAGAAAGGGAGGGGGGCUGCCCAAGACUCUGACUGAGAUGUACAUCCACUUCCUGGUGGUCCAGGCCAAAGUAAAGGCGGCCAAGUAUGAUGGAGGAGCUGAGACUGAUGAUCACUGGAGUCCAGAGAGCAGGAAGAUGGUGGAGUCUCUGGGAAAACUGGCUUUUGAGCAGCUGCAGAAACCUGAAGGAAACCUGAUCUUCUAUAAGGAAGACCUGACAGAGUGUGGCAUCGAUGUCAGAGAGGCUUCAGUGUACUCAGGAGUGUUCACCCAGAUCUUUAGAGAGGAGAGCAGCCUGUACCAGGACCGGGUCUUCUGCUUCAUCCAUCUGAGUGUUCAGGAGUUUCUGGCUGCUCUUCAUGUCCAUCUGACCUUCAUCAACUCUGGAGUCAACCUGCUGGGGGAACAAAAAGACACUUUCUGGUUGUUUAAAACAAGAGCAGACACUCACCUCUAUCAGACAGCUGUGGACAAGACCUUACAGAGUCCCAACGGACACCUGGACUUGUUCCUGCGCUUCCUCCUGGGUCUUUCACUGGAGACUAAUCAGAACCUCCUACGAGGUCUGAAGACAUCAAACCAAAGAAGUUCACAGAACAAUCAGGAAACUAUCAAAUACAUCAAGGAGAAGAUCAGUGGGGAACUGUCUGCAGAGAGAAGCAUCAACCUGUUCCACUGUCUGAAUGAACUGAAUGAUCGGUCUCUGGUGAAGGAGAUCCAAGAGUCCCUGAGGUCUGGACGUCUCUCCACAGAUAAACUGUCUCCUGCUCAGUGGUCGGCUCUGGUCUUCAUCUUACUGUCAUCAGGAGAUCUGGAGGUGUUUGACCUGAAGAAGUUCUCAGCUUCAGAGGAGACUCUACGGAGGCUGCUGCCGGUGGUCAAAGCCUCCAAGAAAGUUCUACUGAGUCGCUGUAACCUCUCAGGGAACAUCUGUCCAGUUCUGUCCUCAGUUCUCAGCUCUCAGUCCUCCAGUCUGACAGAACUGGACCUGAGCAACAACGACCUGCAGGAUUCUGGACUGAAGAAGCUGUGUCCUGGACUGGAGAGUCCACACUGUCACCUGGAGUCUCUCAGACUGAGUGACUGUCACCUCUCAGGGGACAUCUGUCCACUUCUGUCCUCAGUUCUCAGCUCUCAGUCCUCCAGUCUGACAGAACUGGACCUGAGCAACAACGACCUGCAGGAUUCUGGACUGGAACAGCUGUGUCCUGGACUGGAGAGUCCACACUGUCACCUGGAGGCUCUCAGGCUGUCAGGAUGUCUGAUCUCAGAGGAAGGAAGUUCUUCUCUGGUCUCAGCUCUGACCUCCAAUCCCUCCCACGUGAGAGAGCUGGACCUGAGCUACAACCAUCCAGGGGAGUCAGCAGGGAAGCUUCUGUCUAGACUGGAGGAUCCCCGCUGUAGACUGGACACUCUCAGGGUGGAGCCUGCUGGACAACGAUUUCUGACACCAGGUCUGAGGAAGUAUUCCUGUCAACUCACCGUCGACACAAACACAGUCUACAAGGGGAUCAAACUGUCUGAUGACAACAGGAAGAUGACGUAUGGGCAGGAUCAGUCAUAUCCUGAUCAUCCAGACAGGUUUGAUCAAUAUCGUCAGCUGCUGUGUAGAGAAGUUCUGACGGGUCGCUGUUACUGGGAGGUCCAGUGGAGUGGAGGAGUUUCUGUAUCAGUGAGUUACAGAAGAAUCAGGAGGAGAGGAAACUCUGACUGUUUGUUUGGAGGAAACGAUCAUUCCUGGAAGCUGGACUGUUCUCCAGGUGGUCAGUACCGUGUCCUUCACAAUGACAGAGACACAUCCAUCACCUCCUCAUCUCCAUCUCCAGCCUCUAACAGAGCAGCAGUUUACGUGGACGUUCCUGCUGGAACUCUGUCCUUCUAUGAAGUCUCUGUCUCUGACAGACUGAUCCACCUCCACACCUUCAACACCAGCUUCACUGAACCUCUCUAUGCUGGAUUUAGAUUUGGAGUCUGGUCUGGGUCUGGAUCCCCGUUGGUGACGUUAAAAUACACGUUAAGGACCUUGUUUGGUUCUGAAUCCUCAGUGUCUCUGUGUCCACUUUAGUCUCCAGAGUCUCCGCUCAGAGAAACUGUCUCUGUUGGAUCCUGGACUUGGACUCUGGUUCUGGUUCCUCAGAGUCUCCAUGAUGAUGAUGAUGAUGAUGAUGAAGAUGAUGAUGAUGAUGAUGAUGAUGAUGAUGAUG